AUGAGUACUUCACCAUCGCCUACGGGGGCAACCCCCUCUGAGUCGGUCCUCACGCUUUCUCGUACUACCGCGAAUGGUGCUAACGCGGAUAACGCUGAUAACACGUGGGAAAAAAAGACGCUAGAAAGCGAAAGAUACGUAGAAAUAAAUCACGAAAAAAAAACAGCACUUCUCGGGGAUGAAAGUGGCAAGUCCAUAUGGGCUAGUGAAAACACAAGCAGCCUCAAUUGUGAUGAUGUGAAAUAUAAUUACUCGCCCUGCUCAAACACCGACACCAUCGGAAAUGGGAAAGCUGAUGCUCCAUUUAACUUGAGGGUGGGUGCCGCGAUUGGGGAAGGCGCUGAAAAUGAAAGCACCCCUGUAGGGGCAUAUGUGGAGGACACUCUGGCGGCACUGGCUGGAAUCCACAUGCAUGCAGGUGAAGAGGCAAAAGAAGAGACAAACAUCGGCACAAUUGAAGAGAUAAACGUCGGCACAAAUGAUGACAUAAACGAUGACACCAACACGGACACCAAUGCUGAUACCAAUGUGGACACCAAUGCGGAGGAUGCCGUGGGGAUUCGCCUAGGGAUAAACGAACGGGUCUGCUCGGGCGAAACGCCCAACAUACGCGGUGGGUCGCCCCGUGUGAGGGGCUUCUCAACACUCGGCAGGGCCUUCGGGGUGGACGCGGACAACGGCAAUUUCCCCUUCAUCGGGGGGUUCGACACGGACCACUGCGCGGACUACGGGGAGAGCAACUGGGUUAAUUACAACACGAAUUACGGAGGAAACUACGGAGGAAACUACGGGACGAACUACGCUGUUAACUACGUAACGAGUUGCGGCACGAGCUACGGAGGAAACUACGGGACGAACUACGCUGCUAACUACGCAACGAGUUGCGGCACGAACUACAGCACAAAUUACGGCACAAACUAUGGAACAAACUAUGCAACGAACUAUGGAACGAACUAUACAACGAACUAUACAACGAACUGCGGCACAAACUACGGCAGGCGCUUCCUCCCCAACCACUCCCAAAGUCUCAGCCUCAGCCCCAGCGCCAAAAAUCUGCCCUUCCACGAAAGGGGGUUGCUGAAAACCCCGCCCUCUGGUAUGUACACAUUUUUUCGGCCAAACAGAAAGUACGAACUCUUCAAGUACAAUCAACAAAUAAAAAAAGGAGUGAAGAAAAGCUGCCCAAUAAAUGAAAAAUAUCACAAGGCAAAAAAUGAGUACACAUCAAACACGGGAGAUGUUCCUCCUUUUAAAAGCGCAAAUAAAUACGCUUCAUGCAAUUGCGCAAUUCUGCACAAAAGUAUGAACACGCACAAAAAUGAAAAUGAAUGUACUGACAUAAAACAAAUACACAGCGAUUUUAUCUUUUUAAUUAUCAAAUAUUUAUACUAUGAAAGAAUUUUGCCAGAAGCAAACGAAGUAAAAAGGAAAAUAAGCAAAUAUUUCCCCGACUGUGGAGUGCUAAACACAAAUUUCGUGAACAUUUGCAGAGAAGAUAUCCAUCAGAGAUUUUUAAUUUGCAAAAUAAAUCCACACGAAGAAGAAGAGGAGGAAGAAGAAAAAAGAGAAAAGGCAUAUUUCAGGAAAACAUUUAAUAACGAAAAUAUCUGCAUAUACCUCAAAGAUAUAUCCAAAGAUUUCUUUAUAAAUCCCAAUGAUGAUACCGAAAGCGUUCUGCAGUACAUCCCUCUCCUGUUCAUUCAUAUUAUUGACAGGUUCAGAUUACAGUCCAGUGACAACAAUCACAAGGGAGGGAGAUACAUCCUGGCCGAAACGCUAAAACACACGGGCCCAUACAUUUUCAGGACCAUGAAGUUAGGGAGAAUCAUACACAUACUCCAAAAAUGCAUCGACUUGAACAUCCUCUCCUACUACAACAACAAUAUUAUUCCCAUAUUUACCUCGAUGGCCAUUUCCAAAACGUAUGUUUCCAAAAUGCUGGUUAAUGAAACCCCCGAUUCUAAGAAUCACAAGGAAAACUCCAUAACCCUCAUAAAGGAUAGGAUCUAUCGCCUCCUGCAUAGCUACUCAGAGGACAAAACAAAGGGGAAAGGCUUUUCCUUAAGUAGAUUACCCCUCAUUUACAAAAACGUGUAUAAAGAAAGCAUAAACAUAGAUCAAAUUGGAUAUUCGAAGCUGACAGAAUUUAUAAAUAAUGAGCUAAGCGACAUUUGUUUCAUUUCCACACAGCAUAAGUUUCAAUGCAUUCUGAUGCCCCUUAUGGAAAAUGAGCAAAAGCACCGAGACAAAAAUGCAAAACUGAAAAAGGAAAAACAGCUAAAGGAAUCCCUGGACUACAUAAAAAAUUAUCAGUGGGAAAGGUGUAUAUCGUAUUUACACUUUUCAAAUUAUUUCAGAAACAAAAAGAGGGAACCCCAAGUGAAGCGGGCUGCUCCAAGAGACCCCAUAGAACAACUAAUAAACAAUAGCUUCCUCAUUAAGCAUAAGAAUUACCUGGAUCGCACUUUAAAAAACGGUUCAGAUGAAAACGUCCCAUUGCUGUUACCCUUGGAUGUCUUCAAUUUGCCCUCAUCAUAUGAUAUGUAUGAUACCUACCAUAAGUCAGAAACCUAUUACAGUACAAAUCCUUCAGAAGAUAAUUCGGUCAUCAAAUGUAUAGACAAUAUGCAAAGCAAAUGCAGCAUCUUAUAUGAUCUUGAAAAAUGUGUGUCUAUGGAUAUCUCCAUUGAAGAAUCCGUAAACGUUAACCACAUGUAUCAUAACUACCCCUCCUCAUAUAAUGUCUUUCACUCUCUUUUCAACGACACCGUGGAGGAGAUUCCCAUUGUUGAUCAACAUCGAAUGGGGAUUUAA